AGAAUUCAUUAUACUUCUCAAGCUGUUUUAGCUAUUAGCCUGCCUUUUUUUCACAACCGCAAUAUUAACAUUUACUUAAUUCGUCUAAUACUGGACGUCAGCCUUCUACCACUAAAAGCCCCCCUGUAUCUGUAAAACGCCAUAUGCUAAGGACAAACAGUGGAUGCUUCACUAUUUACCUUCUAUAACAAGUACAAAAAGAAGAAAAAAAAACUAAUUUAUUGAAGCUAUAGAGUUUUGUCUCAGGCCAAUUUUGCCGUUGUGUCCGCUAUUAUUGUUCCAGCUUUUCACUGUUGUUAUUGCCCGCUUGGCAUCGUUGCUCCGGCUGCCAGUUUCUGUGUUGCGUAAAUACAUGACACACGUUAAUUUCUGCUAGCGAACCAGCAGCUUCCGAUGUUCCCUCACAGCCGUCACCCCGAAGAGACUCAUAGGGCGUGACCGUUACGUGUCGUUUCUACUCGAGAUCUUCAGACCUGCAUAGUCUUAGACCUGAUACAAUGCUCGGAUCGUAGUAACUAUCGGUGAUCGUUGAUUUAUACCACUUUAGUUUCUCUACAGUUACACUGUGGAUCCAUGCAUCGAACAAGCAUAAACACGAAAGAAGAACGAACGACGAAAAUAAGUUAAGGUUAGAUAUAUUACAUUACUGCUUUCGAGUUGACUGUGGCUUAAACCUGUGCUGUAGUGCUUCGUAGUACAGAAAGAAGAGUCGUAGAGCGUUGUGCGAUAUCGCCUGGGGUAGUCACUUUUUUUGCACCCGUUUGACGGUCGGUUUGCGUUGUUACUGCCCCCAAUAACUGCUGUUGCAUCCACGUUACUUGCUCGGCGCUUGAUGGUGUUACCCGUCAUCGUCGUGCACUGCCAUUGGCUUGUACUAUACUCGGGUAUUCAGUCACCGGAGCGCUGACAACUGGUGUUCCUUCUGCCUAUUGCUGCCCAUUGCGUCAUGACGCCUCACGUCGCCAGCAAUGAUGAACUGACUGAAGUGGAAAGACGAUGAAUGAAGUACAAGGUCGAGUCUAUUACGGUGGGUACCGCCUGCUAGUCGAAUCAGCUAGCAACAGAAGAAUAAGUGAGACUUCUUUUUGUCUUGCAUAAACUUAUAUAGAACAGACGUAUUUAGCCAAUAGAACAUCAUACGUGGCGCUGUUUAUACAAUCUAACGUGCUUCGUCGUUGGCGUGUGUGUAUAUGUGUAGGUGCGGGUUCGAAUCUUUUCUGUGAAGUUGCCCUUUCCUUUCUUUUUACAUAGUGAGAAGGACGUGAUGGAUGAUGCGUAGUUUCAUCAGAAACAGUAUUUGUCUGGCGUUAGACUCCGAACGAAAAGCGGGUAUCUAUUUGCGUAUCGCAAUACUCGUGGAUUGUGUUCGAUAUCGAAGAGACAUUGAGGAAAAUGCUUGCUGAAGCGGCGCGCCACAAAUAUAGAAUGAUGAAUUAUUACUUAUCGCCGAGUUGCUUGCGUUCGGUAGGAACCUGUUUUUUGAGGUGCAACCCAAGGAAAAGGAUGAGCUCAUGCCAAUACUCCAUAUCGACUACAAACGUUAAAUGCCUCGGGUUUUACGUCCGAUACUUAAGCCGUUAAACACUGCUUCGGACGUCUGGUCCUUCCAGUACAAAAUGAAGUGUUUUUGCACACAGAUUCGAAACUAGCCUACCACGUAUACAUAAAUCUAGCAGGCAAAUACGGCACUUAAACACAGAAAAACAAGACCACAAAAGUCAAGUUCUUAGCAUUGCUUAGUGGCCAACAAGAAUAGCUAGACCGAUCUCUCUGUUUAAACAACGGAUUUAACACACCAUCUGCCAUAUCACAUUGAGUGAAUGAAAUAGUCUGCUGCCAUCAUAUCGUGCCAUUUAUAUUAAUCUAAUUUAAUUAUAAUAGAUACAAUCAAUAUAUACUACAUGCCCUAUAUUUAAUCACUAAUCUAGAAAAUACAGUGAUAGGAGAAAGAAACAGUUCAUUUAGAUUAUACCGUGUCUAUUAUCUGUUGCGCACUAAUUAUAAUAAAAUUUUAACAUCAAUUGUUAUAAGAAUUUACACAUAGUAUAUUAUAUUGCUCGCUUCGGAUCAGCUAACUGUAACAGUUAUCUGAAGUCAUCUGAUUAUGCAACACUGUAAUAGGCUUAGGAGGAGUAGUACGAGGUACGAAACAUUAAAUUCGGGUCCAUGACAUUACACGGUGGCAUCGAUAAACAGCAACAGUAGCAGCAACAACAGCCAAAUCGAUCUAGUCUGUUCAUUGCUAGGGUGCUCUUUGAUUAGACCCAAUGUUUAUGUCUGAUCCGAGUGAGUUACUCUCUAAUCAGUAGUAGCCCCUCCCUGAAUCCUCAGACUCAAUCAUCGAUCACGUGUCCAUGUGUAUCUAAACCUCGUGACGAGGUCGAAGACAGUCAACAAAUCGCUCAUGCCGAUGCUGUCGACUGCGUUGCUACCUUUCCAUUAGAAGCCAAUAGUAACACAGCUCUGUGUGUAUUCAGUAAACUAGACGCCCCUCCGCGGCGACUUCGAAGCUCGCAGUGGCAGCUGGAACAGAAGAAACAGCGACAGUCGCUCGGCGCUGGAUAACAAUUCACCUCGGGACACCGCCCAUUUGAACUUGCCAGCGCUGUUGGCAAUACAACCACGAUAAAGCCUGGGCAGGCCAGUGUAUCGCCGAAGGCGGCCGGCACUUUCUGACCAACAGAAAUUCACAGAUUUCUGUUUAGAUGCUUUUCUGUUUCUAUCAUCUCCGGCGUGUGUAAUUUACCAUUGCAGAAGCUCUUUUGAUCCGCUGCCCAUUGACUCGGUCGCUGACUUAGUCACUCGCUAAACUGUGCCUAUGGAACGAUCACAUGUUAGCUGCUCCUACCUAGAUCCUGAAUCAGCAAGGUAGAUGGCCCCAUAUCUAACUUCCUAAGGGUGGGCACCACAUCCUUUCAUGGUACUCACUGAAGCUGAUGUUGGUUUCGUUUGUUUUGAUCAUUUUCUGCAGGCAGAGGCGGCAGCCCGCGUUGCAUGAGGAGGAACUUGGCGCGACUGUUUGUGAGUCGUUGUAAGUACUCGGAUAAUGACGAUGUACUGAUCCGUUGGAUGAUCAUUGAUUAUACGCGUCAGUGCAUGAUCUUCAGUGGAGCGUUUGAUUGAUGGAUACUGUGUUGUGGAGAGCUUACGUUUUUGUUACAACAUACACCAAUAAUGAAACUAGUGCGCGCUCGACGCCAUAAAACGGCUAGAUAAGAAGUAAAAUCUAUUUUAGUACCACUUGCAUUAGCUAGCAUCGUUAAGUUGAUACACUUGGGUGGUUAGGUGACGGUGGCGGCUUACGGCUCUCAACAGUCGGGUGACCUUUGCCUGAUACCUGAUUGACUCCUGUUGAUGACGAACUCUCAAACGAUCAACAGUGAAACUUCUGCCUAAUUCAAAUAGCACGAAUACACAGGAAGUGUCGUGCAUUUAAACAACGUCAACGACACUGACGGAAACGCAAAUGCAUAUCGUAUCUCAUCAUGUUGGCAGGCCACCUGCGAUUGACACCUCUUCAAUAGUACAUGCAGCCAAAUCGGUCAUAGGGACAAACAGGGUUUGUAGCUAGUUGACGUCAGCGCCCGUUAAUAUCCCGAACGAUUAUAGUACUGACUGAUUUGGAACAGCGUAUGACAAACAAACAAACAACUAAAUGGUACUACCUUUCAAGAGUAGACUGUCUGGGACGAAUUAGUCUGAGCAUCAACAUCAAACGACUAUCAAGGUGGAAAGUAGUAACAAAAGGAAAAGUACGGCAACGCGUUAAAAGUGCUUACAGUGGAUAAGACAAUUUGGGGUGUACAAUCUGGUGUGCGGUCGUGUACGUGUGGAUACAAGCUCCCGUUAGCUCCAGGAUAACAGUGAUUUCAUCCACUAUUAGUACUUGGGUAAUUGCCAAUAGCAACCCGGGAAGAAUUGGCAGGAGAACACCACCGUUAUAAUGAAUGGUAGUGAUGUAAUGGACUACGGUGAAUUACCACAACUCGAGGUAGAUGACAAUGAUGACGAGGAGUACGACUCGAACGCAUGGGGUGUUGACGACGGGGCGGACAGCGACCGACGCUCGAGCGCCGGUAACGAAAGAAAGCGUCAAAGAUUUGGGAGCAAAUUAGAAGGAAUCUUAUAUUGCAUCGGAUCCGCAGUUGGACUUGGCGACGUCUGGAGAUUUCCGUUUCUAGCCUAUCAGAAUGGAGGAGGAGCUUUUUUCUUCGCAUACCUUGUGCUUAUGUUUAUCAUUGCCAUACCUCUGUACUCAAUGGAGCUGGCCAUCGGUCAGUUCUCAAGCCUCGGACCCAUCGAAGUUUGGCGGUGUCUGCCGAUAGCAAAAGGCAUCGGUUACGCCAUGGUAACUAUUUCCACUUUGGUGGCCAUAUAUUAUAACGUCAUCUUGGCCUAUACGCUGUACUACUUAGCACAGUCCUUCAGGUCAGUGCUACCGUGGGCCAAUUGCGAUGAGUGGUGGGGUGCUGAUAAAGAAACGUGCUUCGUUCGUAAGAAAAAUAUAACACUAUGUCGCAGCGUCCCGUAUAUUCUACACCUAAAAUAUGGAUCGACUUCACACUCGAACGACACUAGCGGCUGGACACUAAUUACGUACCGAGGUGUUUCAUUUCUCACGCCGCUGGCGGAAUACAUCCAACUCAACAACACCUGCAGUGACGUGACCGGUACAACUUCGGCGGCCGAGCAAUUUUGGGAACGGCAUGUUUUAGAUCUAUCUCCAGGUAUCGAACAUGUCGGUGGACUUAAGUGGGACCUUGCUGUCUGCCUGUUUAUUUCGUGGGCGAUUGUGUUUUUCUGCCUCAUGCAGGGAGUGACGUCUUCAGGAAAGGUCAUGUACUUCACCGCUACCUUCCCGUAUGUUAUGCUGACAGUUUUGCUAAUCAAGGGCGUCACUCUUGAUGGUGCGAUGCUGGGAAUCAAGUAUUUUCUCGUGCCCGACUUUUCCAAGUUGACGUCGUUAACGAUUUGGCAGAGAGCGGCUGAACAGCUUUUCUAUUCACUCGGCAUUGGUUGGGGCGGACUUAUCGUGAGCGGGAGCUACAAUCAUUUCCGUACAAGUAUCGUCAUCCAGUCGACAAUUGUAAAUGUUGCUGAUCUACUGACCUCAUUCCUUGGAGGUAUCGCCAUCUUUUCGGUUCUUGGCUAUAUGUCCGUUACGUAUGGUGUUCCGGUUGAAGAGGUCGCUAAAGCCGGUCAAGGUUUAGUGUUCGUUGUCUUUCCGGAGGCGUUAACAACGUUUUGGUGCCCCCAACUAUGGUCCGUUGUCUUCUUCGUAAUGCUGUACCUGCUCGGCAUCGAUUCGGAGUUUCCAUUGGUACAAACCGGUCUCACAGUGCUUUCGGAUGCCUUUCCAGUCCUUCGAAAGUACAAAGGUAUCACGGCAUUUGUUGCGUGCACUUUGUACUUUCUUGUCGGGCUGACCUGCGUGACCCGCGGCGGCCAGUAUGUUCUGAAUCUAUUGGACACGUACUGCGCCGGCGUAUCGCUAUUAAUCGUGAUUGCUACAGAAGUGAUUUCUCUUAUGUGGAUAUAUGGCGUAUCAAAUCUUUCAUUCGAUGGUAGUUUUAUGCUGGGUUCCCCACCAAAUAUUUUCUUCUGUUUGUCGUGGACGGUUAUUUCCCCUAUUCUUCUGCUGCUCAUCAUUACAUUUUACUUCUAUCAAUGGACGCCAAUAACCUACAACAACGUCGAACCCUAUCCACACUGGGCUGAUGCGGUCGGGAUGGCAUUUGCAGCGUUUUCGGUGCUUCAGAUACCUGUUGUAGCGAUAUGUGUUCUUCUCCGCAAAAAGAGUCUGCAAGCGGUCUUCCGUCCCGAAUCAAACUGGGGCCCUGCAGACAAACAUCUGUUUGAAGACUACCGAAAAUUCAAGGCCCAAAAGAGGAGCCUUCCGCUGAAUCAUCGAUCAUCGAUUAUUAAUGGACACACGUAAAUACGUCUUGUGCGCCGUACUGUGUCAGCAUUGGUUCUCCAGUGUGGUCAAUUUGGACGUUUAUGGGUUACGGCUUGAAGCACCAGCUCAGCUCUAGGUCUGAACGGUCAUAAGGCGAUGUUUUAUUCUGUCCAUCGUAUACAAAAUAAACCUAGCAUAAAAUUUACAAAACCUUUAGUAAUCUUUUUAUAUCUAACCAGUGUUAUGCAUUAUGU